AUGAAGCAAUUUUCAAUCCUGUGCCUCUUGAUUUUGGCAUCGGCCAAUAUCGGUCUGGCGACCCAUGUGAACAUAUCGAUUUCCCAGCAAAAUGCAAAGAGUUCAGUUCGUUCCGCAGCUUCAACAAUUGUUGCGGAUAACUCGAAGCUGAUGUCAGAUUCCAGAGAUGUGUUUGAAAGCGAUGGACGAAGUGCCCGAAUUCAAAACGAAAACAAGGGUGAACAGAAAACAUACUUUGCCAACCAUCGAACCGAGGCCUCUGAAAUUAGCUCUCCCAACCACCGUAAUUACAUACAGUCGGGACAUUUUGUUGCCGAGCCAGAAUUUCAAUUAAAGUCCAUGUACCAAUCCAGUCCUAUUGAAUACCAGCGCAAUGCUCAAUUCCGAAGGAUGGAUGAACAGCAAAAACAGAACGUUGAGUUCGAGCGUUACAUUCAGAACUUUCACAGUGGACCGACGGUAGAAACGGUAUAUGAAUCUGCAGAUGCAAUGCCUUCAUCGCAUGCCAUCGCUUCACGUGUGAAUAACGAGGGAGCUGCAAUACAGCGCAGUGGAAAACUUGUCCAAUUCGAACGUCAAGUAGCACUACCGGCCCCAGUAACGGAAACAGAAAAUCAACAGCAAUCGCAACAAAGUACACAGCAUCCCUCGUCGCCCGCCACCUCAUCCGGCUCAGUCACAUCUAGUGCUCCAAAUUCUGCUGCUCCCAGUGUAUCCGUAAGCACUGCAGGUGGAUCUAGCCUAAAUAUUAAUAUUAACCAACGACCAGCCUCUGUCGGAAGUGACGGCCUAAAUUUUGAUCAAACGAAUAGUUACAACAAACCGAAUUACAAUGACCCCAAUACCUUCAAAUACCACAGCGAUAGCUCUUCAGAUAGUCAUUUUCAUAACCAAUACCCUCCUACAGUACAGGAACCACAAGGUGGCUAUGGAGGUUAUUACCAACCAUCAGGUCACCAUGUGAGUCAGGGUUAUCUGCCACCGGAAGCAAUCAACAAUCAGCGACCCGUUGUCACCAAAACCAUUCAAAUUGCCCAGCCGGCCAUCAAAACGAAGAAAUAUGAAGUACGUCACCCGGCCAUCCAGAAGGAGUUCUACGACAUUGAAGAACGCGUGGUGAUCAAACCGGCCGGCACAGUAGUAGUCGAAUUGGAAAGGCCUGUUGCAAAGAUCCCAAAAGGCGAAUCGAUUUUACCCCUUGGACAUCCUCAUCCUGCAGUGGCCAAUGCAUACAUGAAUAAUGGAAACACACCUUCCUUUAGCAACAUCCUUUACAGCGCUGCUGGUUCUUCAAACCAAGGCAAUCAGGGCAGCAACCAGUACUCCCACGGUUACAAUUCAAAGCAACCAGUUGAACGAUCUAACAUCGCUGGUUCCACCAUUGCUUCAUCAAUCACAUCGACUCCAUCGUUUGACCAGGGAAGCAAAGCUAUGGCUGUCGAAGCCAAUCUGAACAAGCAGUACAAUGGCGAGAACCAUUACUCGGCAACACCUGCUCCCGUGAAAGUCGACCCUAAAAUACGCAACAGAGAAGUAAUUGUUGUCACCGAUGGACAAGGAAACCAACGCCAGGUGUCAUCCGACCAAUUCCCCUAUUCCCAAGCGAGAUCAGGAUAUAAUUUACGUUCCUAUUCCAACCAAAAUGUAGCCCCACAACGGACGAACAUUCAGUCGAGUUCGUCCAAUCGCGAACCUUAUAACUUCGAUGCUGAAUAUGUUAAUGUCGGUGCUAAUGGAAAUAUCGCCCGAGAUGCCAAGCCUGCCCGCUUGGAAGAAGCCCCCAUUCGAAUGGAGCCGGUAAUAAAGCACGGACACAGCAUAGCAUUGCCCGCUAGUCAACAUAAAAUAUAUCUGACGCAAAAGUAUGCCGUGCCGCAAUCCCAAUAUGUCGAGGAAAAUGCUCAUGUGCAAGAAGUGUCACCGCACCACAUACUUAACCGCAAAGGACCGGUUGUUGUCUAUGCCACUAGCAAACACAUACCUGAGGUAUCAUUUAGACAAAGUGGAUCGGCGGAUUAUCAUUCUCACGCAUUGACUGCCAAUUACCGUCCUUCAAGUGGUGUGGCUGAGAAAACCAUCGGCAGUAGCCGUUUGGAAAUUAGUGCUCCGUAUGCUCAAAUGCGAUACAAUCCCGAUGACCGUAGUCCUACUCAAAAUUUAGACAACGACCGUGAGAAUCGUAAAUUUGGAAGGCUAAUUGUGGAAGAUAAAAGCGCCAAAGAAGCGAGCUCAAGCUUCGACAACAAGGGUAGCAUGAAUACGACCCGUAUGGAUGAACCACAAACCCACAUUGAGAUUAAUAUUCCGGAAAGCUCGCAGAUGUCUAACAAGCCCAUUACCGUUAGCUCCACCAUUAGACCCAUGAUGUCUGACGACGGACAAGCGACGCACAAUGCAAAAUUAGAAAUUUCCGUUACAAACAAUGGUGAACCUAAAAAAGAGGGAACACAACAGGCCACCACGGACAGUUCUAAAGAAAUGCGCGAUAGGGAAUUCGUGACGAGCUCUCAGGACACUGUUGAUUGUGAAAAAAGAACAAAAAUGGAUGACAAAUUCAUGCGCCUCGUUGAGGCUCCCAGCGAUUCGCACGAGUCAUCUGAUGCUGCUUCAUCCUCCUCAACACAUCAAACAGCUAACGUAGACGUAACCAAUAAAGGAUCAUCGGGUCAUGUAAUUUCGUCUGGCAACUCUGGUCAUGCUGUAACACCAGGAUCUCGAGUAAUUGCUGCAACGCCUGCGCCUAGAGAUACUGCCGCAGGCAGUGAAAGUUUCCACAAACGGCGAAUCGUUGUUAACCACCCAUUCCAAACAGUUCGUGAGGUAGUUGAACAUGAACCCUACACCAAUUACCACGAAGUCCAAGUCAGCGAGCCCGCUUCACCGGCUCUGUACCAUUCGGCUGCAUACUUCCGCAGCCACGGUGCUUUGCGUCAAGCUCCGACCGAGGAACGUCACAUGGGAACAUCGACAUUCUAUCAUAAAUAA